CUGCCCUGCCGGCUCACCCUAGCUUGGCUCCGCGCGAGGGCUGCGGGGAGGGGGCGUGGAGGAGGAGCCGAGGAGCAGCGUAGCGGGGAGGAAGGAGCAGCCAUGGCCCUGAGUGAUUUCGAUGUGCAAAAGCAGAUUAAGCACAUGAUGGCUUUCAUUGAGCAGGAAGCCAAUGAGAAGGCAGAAGAAAUAGAUGCCAAGGCUGAGGAAGAGUUCAACAUUGAGAAAGGACGCCUUGUGCAAACCCAACGACUGACGAUUAUAGAGUAUUAUGAGAAGAAAGAGAAGCAGAUAGAGCAGCAGAAGAAAAUCCAGAUGUCUGCCUUGAGGAAUCAGGCAAGGCUGAAAGUCCUGCGAGCCCGAAAUGACCUCAUCUCAGAGUUGCUGAAUGAUGCAAAGCUGAGGCUCAGCCGAAUGGUGACAGACCAAAAAUUUUACCAGGGGCUCCUGGAUAAACUAGUGCUCCAGGGUCUGCUCCGACUGCUGGAGCCUGUGAUGAUUGUACGCUGCAAGCCACAGGACCACCUCCUGGUGGAGGCUGCAGUGCAGAGAGCCGUCCCCCAGUACACCACAGUCUCCCACAGAUGUGUGGAAGUGCAAGUCGACAGAGAGGUGCAACUGGCUACAGACACAAUUGGAGGUGUGGAGGUCUACAGUAGCGAUCAGAGAAUAAUGGUUUCUAAUACUCUGGAAAGCCGACUGGAUCUCUUAGCCCAGCAAAAGAUGCCAGAAAUACGAAAGGCCUUGUUUGGAGCCAAUGACAGCAGGAAGUUUUUUGUAUAAGCCUCUGGAAAGUGAAGCUCCUGUUGAACUCCUAAGCCAUAAAAGCAUAACUCAUUAGGGCAAAGCAAACUGGUAAUAUCUCCUCCUCUGUUUUGCUCUGGAAUUAGUCUGUUUUUAUGAAAUACUCUCUGACUAGCUAAAGGCAUUAUACUUUGGAAUAA